AUGGAUUUUGAACAGCUCCACAGCAACGCCAAACCUUUCCUGGAUUUGAAAAAUUUUUAUCCUAGUGUUUUCAAGGAGCGCUGCAGCCCUCUGGAGUUCAAUGUAAGAGUUAGUCCCUUCAUUUCCACGGAAAGUGUUACAGAAUCAUGCGGAUAUAAGAUGUCACACAAAAGUUCAAAAAGCAUGCCUGAGACGGAUACACGUAUAGGAUCAAUAAUUGAAAUAUCCAGGUACACCCAAACCAACCCUGUGCAUAUAUACACGAAAAGGAUAUGA